AUGGGACGAGGCGGAUCCGAUGACCUCGGCACUGUCAAGAAGGGCGUCGUCCGUCAGGUCGCAGGACCAGUUGUGACGGCCGAUGAGAUGGAUGGUGCCGCCAUGUACGAGCUUGUCGCUGUCGGCAACCUCAAGUUGCUCGGUGAGAUUAUUCGCCUCACUGGAUCCUCGGCUACUAUCCAGGUCUAUGAGGAGACAGCCGGUCUCACAGUUGGCGAUCCUGUUGAAAGAACUGCUGCUCCACUUUCAGUCGAGCUUGGACCAGGUCUGCUUGGAAACAUUUUCGAUGGUGUCCAGCGCCCGCUCCAGAAGAUCGCCGAGUUCACUCAAGACAUGUUCAUCCCAAGAGGUAUCUCCGUCCCUGCUCUCGAUCGCACAAAGCAGUGGGAAUUCACUCCGAACUCGGAGAUUGACAUCGGCGAUCAUGUCACUGCCGGUGACGUUUUUGGUACCAUUCCCGAGACCGCUCUCCUAGUCCACAAGCUCAUGGUACCGCCGAAUCAGAUGGGUACCGUGACGUGGCUUGCUUCCGCUGGAUCCUAUACCAUUGAGGAAACCAUGAUCAAGAUUGAGUUUAACGGAGUCGAGAAGAGCUACAACAUGAUCCAGAAGUGGCCUGUUCGUGAGCCGCGCCCGGUGACUGAGAAGUUGCGUGCCAACACCCCACUUCUAACCGGACAGAGAGUCUUAGAUGCCCUCUUCCCUUCUGUCCAGGGCGGGACCUGCGCAAUCCCGGGCGCGUUCGGUUGCGGAAAGACUGUCAUUUCCCAAGCUCUCUCGAAGUUCUCCAACUCUGAUUGCAUUGUUUACGUUGGAUGCGGGGAGAGAGGAAAUGAAAUGGCUGAAGUCCUGAAGGAUUUCCCGGAGCUGACCAUCAAGGUUGAUGACAAGGAUGUAUCUAUCAUGAAUCGUACAUUGCUUGUCGCGAACACGUCCAACAUGCCUGUGGCUGCUCGCGAAGCGUCGAUCUACACCGGUAUUACGAUCUCAGAAUACUUCCGCGACAUGGGUAUGAACGUAGCUAUGAUGGCGGAUUCUACUUCUCGAUGGGCUGAAGCACUCCGUGAGAUUUCUGGUCGUCUCGCUGAAAUGCCUGCUGAUUCUGGGUACCCCGCGUAUCUUGCUGCACGCCUUGCGUCUUUCUAUGAGCGAGCUGGUAAGGUGACAUGCAUUGGAGGUCCAGACCGGGAAGGUUCUAUUACAAUUGUUGGCGCCGUAUCUCCCCCAGGUGGAGACUUUUCUGAUCCUGUUACGAGCGCCACCCUUGGUAUCGUACAAGUGUUCUGGGGUCUGGACAAGAAGCUUGCACAGCGCAAACAUUUCCCGUCAGUUAAUUGGUUGAUCUCGUACUCCAAGUACCAAAAAGCGCUUGAGUCGUACUACGAGGCCAACCAUCCGGAAUUUGUUUUCUUGCAACAAUCUAUUCGUGAAAUUUUGCAGAAGGAGGAUGAUCUGAUGGAAAUCGUGCAGCUUGUCGGAAAAGAUUCACUUGCUGAGAGUGACAAGGUCACACUCGAAGCGGCAAAGAUCAUUCGCGAAGAUUAUCUUGCACAGAAUUCCUUCACAAGCUAUGAUCGAUAUUGCCCGUUCUACAAAUCUGUUGGGAUGGCGAGAAACAUCAUUCACUUUUACACUCUUUCUAACAACGUGAUAGAGGCAACUGCAUCCUCCGAAAGUAAGGUGACUUUUUCAUUGAUCAAAGAGCACAUGAGCGACUUGCUGUACAAGCUAAGCAGCAUGAAGUUCCUUGAACCGGCGGAGGGAGAGGAGGCCGUGAUGGCUAAAAUUGAUGCCGUGCGAGAUGAGUUGACGGCCGCAUUCCGCGAUGUGGAGGAUCUUGCCUAA